AUGGGAGGACUAUUUGGUAGAAACAAGAAGAAUACCUUUGAUCCCAAUCUUCCACCAUAUGGUGGACCACCGUAUCAACCAGGUGGCUACGGUGCUCCACCGCCGUAUCCAUAUGGUUCGGUUACCCGUUUUGGUGAGUAUGAUCCUUAUGAUGUAUACGGAUAUGGUAGUGAUCCUGAUUACGUCCCAACAGAUCCUAUGAUGAGUAUGUAUGGGCCUAAUAGAUUUGGAAGUGGUUCGCUUGGUCCUGGUAUGUCUCCUUGGAAUUAUGGUAACUAUUACAUGGGUAAUACUACUAUGCAAAUGAUGCCAUUUAUGCAAAGAAAAGUAGCUAAAUUUAAUCAAAUGCAAGGAAUGGGGGGUAUGGGGUUUAUGGGGGGAAUGGGAGGAAUGGGAGGAAUGGGGGGUAUGGGAGGAGCGAUGCCAAUGAUGCCUAUGAUGCCAAUGAUGCCUUGUCUUCCAGCAUGUAGCAUGCCUAUGAUGGCAGCUUCUUGUCCAUUACCUGUUGCAUGUAGUCCACUUGUUCAAAGUUAUCAAACACCAUUACCAUUUCAAUUUUCAAGUGGCUUCGGAUCUUCGUUUGGAAACUUUCUCCCACAAUAUAAUCCAUCUAGUGGAAUGUCAUGUUGCUGUUGUGUUUGUGCACCACCACUACCGCCUGCAAUUUCUUAUUAUCCACGUCCAGUUAGUGUUCCGCAACCAUAUCCUGUUCCAUGUCCAAUCCCGGUAGCAAUCCCUAAUAUUCAACAAGUACCAGUUCCACGACAUGUAUCUGUUGUUGCACCGCCCAUUUUUGCUGAUUGUAAUUCACCAGGUGCUGUGCCCAGUGGAGCUCCAUUGAUGCCAUCGGCGGGUGGUUUUACGCAAGGCACCGCUGCUCAAUCAUUAGUAAUGGCAUCGAAUAAGUUAUCAACAAAAGAAACAUUAUUAAAUGAUGAUAAUUCUAAAGAUUCGAAACGUCGAAGACCUAUACAUAAAACUGUUGAUCAAUCUCGUCGUGCGAAAGCUGAAAAGAUAGCUGCCAGUCUUUCUAAACUUGGAUUAACUGAUAAUUUACAUAGUGAUACUAUUUCAAGGAAAGGCAAACAUGCAGUUAAAUCAACUCGUCGUAUACGUAAACUUUCACAUGAUGAUAUUUCUUUAAUAUCAUUAUCCAAAAAUAAUUAUAUUUCACUACCCGAUCACUUAACAUCAGAUAGACUAUCAACUUUACUCGAUAAGUCAAACCAAAAUUCAUAUAGCAAAUCUUCACGCCGUCGUUGA